AUGUCAAGCCGAAAAUCAAAAUCCAAGAAGUCGGAAUCCCCGUCUCUUCCAAUUGAGACAAUUGAAGAAAUCUUCAAGUACAUCACGAAUCAAUCGACCCUUUAUUCAUGUCUCUUCGUCAAUCGCCUGUGGUGUCGUAAGAUAGUUCCCAUCCUUUGGGCUCGUCCGUCGCCUCUCUUGUACAAAGAACGUUCCGCCAAGAGCCUGAUUGAAUCUUACGUCAGCUGUUUCGAUCACGAGGAAAGGGCGAUCCUAUUUGCCGACGACGAAUUAACCAGCAUGGUUGACGACGAUUUGCUACACCUACCGAGUCCAUUGUUUGAGUACGCCGCUUUCCUAAAGGAAUUAAAUUAUCCCAUGCUGAGGAUGGCCGUGAGAAGAUGUUACCGAAAGUUAGGGAAUGAAGAAUUUAGCAAAAAGAUUAAGCCAAGCAAACCCGCGUUGAAUCCGAACAGGCAAAAUACCGUGAUGAAGGCUUUGUGCAGAUUGUUUAUGAGAAGCGCAACUUUAGAUUGUGUGGUAUUGGAUUCCGAAGAAGAUAUCCCAAGUGUGGCGAUGUUUACCAGAGGUCAGUUAGCUCCUCUCGUGAAUGUCACUAAACUUGUACUCCAGAUAACCAACAAUGCACCAAACAUCUUGGGCCUCAUAAGGAAACUCCCGGCCAUCUGCACCGGUAUAAAAAAUUUGACCAUAGAAUUUUCUGUGGAUAAUCCGAAUGAAGCAGAAAGUUUGGCCACCAUAAUUUAUGCACAACAAAAUCUGAUGAAUGUCGAAUUAAAAGGCACUUCUCCAAAAAUUGUUCCCAUCAUGGAGGCGUUGGGAAGUCAAUCAAGAACAUUGACGUCUGUGAAAUUUGAAAAGAUUGAUUAUCAAUGGGCGUCGCUUGAAGUAUUAGGAAGGUGUACAAAUUUGCGUAAUGUGGACUUCGUCUCUGAUGAUUUGAACUCCAGAGUGAAUGAGGAAUAUACAGUGGACCAGCCAAAGCAGCAGUCUGGAGUAAAUGGUGCCGCAUUCACCCUGCGGUCCCUCAAACUACAAAAUCAAGCUCCAUCUUUCUCGGCUGCGGUCGUCAAGAUGGGUGGAAGCAGUCUUAAAAAACUUACGCUUGACAAAAUAUCUACGGAGAUUGUGCAAACGAUCUUAAGAUCGGCUACCCGCAUCACGCAUCUUUACCUUGACAUCACCUCCUCGCAAAACCUGAAUUUUGAGAAUCAUUGUUCACUCAUUGGCGGUCUGAAGCUAACCUUCCUUCGACUGACCUCAUCCAAUAGCUCCAAAGAGAUCGAUACUCUAUUAACACUGCUUAUCAAUAAAAUGCCAACUACCUUAAGAUCUCUAGAAUUAGAGCAAGAAUUCUCUUUACCACCGUUAGGUGCUUUCUUGGAAAAAUGCGACGCACCGUUGAAGGAAUUAACAUUAUUCCCAAACACUGCCAUUGAUACUGAGUACCUAACUACUGUUAUGAAUUAUACCAAAGAAAAGAAGAGCCUGAAGAUUUUGAACUUAAAUCUGUCAUGGGAAUCGGGAUUGGUGAAUGGAAGGUUCACCAGGAAGAUGACAGAUGAGUUGCAACAAUGCAUCUUCACGGUUCAUCUAGAUAAACUUCGGAACAUCGACUGA